CCUGCGGUAACCAUGGCCAGUCCUGCGAAACGUAAAGAGGAGGAUUGGGACGUAGAAGGGUAUCUACACAACGUUUCUCCGGCGAAAAACUCCAAAAAGAACCACAAAUAUUUUACUGCUGUGAUUCAGACCGGGAGAAGGGACUUUCACAAGGUUGUGAGUUUUUCGAUGGAAAAACUAUCUCCGUUUUCUCACGCUUCAAAGACCGGGACAGCAGUGAAACUUAAGAACGUGCGGCGGUCUCUCAGCUACUCCGAUCCAAAUGGAUUCGAUGUGAUCUGUAAUAGAACCACAUCUCUUGAUGUUGUGAGCGUUCCGUUCUCCCGCAUUGCACCUCCAAGCAGUACAAGGCUGAGUGUAGCCGAUGUUAAAGCUCUGGGACCCAGACAAAAUGUAGGCGAGCUGGAAGCAAAAGUGAUGUCCCGUGCAGCGCUUAGCAAAAUCGUGCUGGUGAACAAAGAGGAGUGCGAACUGAAGGAGAUAUGGGUCAGCGACGGGACCGGAGAAAUGAAACUCACACUCUGGGACAGCCUCAUUUCUGAAGCUCAAAUAUCAAAAUCAUAUUUGUUUUCGAAUUUGUCUACACGAGAGAUAAAAGGAGAAAUUCGUCUAACGACAACUCCAUCCAGCAAAAUCAAAGAAAUCCCGCCACUGAAUGUACCUGAUAGAGACGAAGAUCCAGUCGACAGCGCUUCCUCCGCGACCCUGCGCGGUGUCGUCUCCGGUAUUAAAAUUAUAGCCCGACAUCGCUGUCCGAAGUGCCACAGCCUGCAGAAUAAUAUUAUCCCCAAAUCUAUUAUGCACAGAUGUGAAGCCUGUAAACUACUACAACGGUCAUCUUCUUUCAAAUCAACCUACGGAGGAGUUAUUGUUCUCACGACAGACCAGGGAGAUAACUCGUGUACGUUGUCAGAUUUAUGCCUGACUACUUACUUUGACAAAUACGGCAUAAACCAUUCACCCAACGAUCUGGAGUCCAUUGAGGAACACUUCAUUAAUCGUUCUGAGUUUGAAAUUACCAUCAACGACGUUUCCCUGGUUACUUGCAUAAUGCACCCGACUCAGCAAAAUGAAGAUUGGGAAGAUGAUCAAGCGUUGAUUAAAAUGGAUGGUGAAGGUGGCGUGGCUGGUGAAGGUGGCGUGGGUGGUGAAGGUGGCGUGGGUGGUGAGGGUGAUCCUGUCGCUGGUGCUGAAGGUGGCGUGGCUGGUGACGACGGUGCUGGUGUCGCUGGUGCUAAAGGUGGAGUGGCUGGUAAGGUCGCUGAAGUUGGCGUGGGGUGUUCUUCAGGACGCCAGUAUAGGCUAAUUGACUAGAGUAGCUAAUGUUAAAAAAGAUAUAAGGCUAGUUAAAAUGCACAUUUAUAGUUAAAUUAAUUAUAUUGUUAUAUGUUAUUGUAUUUUUAUAUUGUAGGCUACUCACCCAAGUUGCAUGUAUGCACUUAAUUGUUCUGUGUUAUUGCAUUUUUUUUUGUUCUAUGGUUUGUACCUGUAUUUUAAAGUGCCUUUAAAAUUUAAAACAAGGUUAGUGUUUGUGAUUCACUUUUUCAUUAGGCUAGAACUACUUUUUUUUUUAAAUUGCCAAUAAGUUGUUUAAUCUUUUGUUAAUAAAUUACUUUGUGUGUAAUGAACAUUUUUUGUUUCUAUUAUUCUGUAGCAGGUUUUCCUUUCAGUUUAAUUUCCCAGAAGUUAGAUUUGAUCCUUAAAACAAUUGUCGUAGACUAACUUAAUAGCUAGCAAAUUUAAAUGCUCAUUUAAAAAGCAUCGGUGUUAUCCAAUACCCAAUACUGUUAUUAUCCAAUGUUGUUGGAUUUUUUUUGUUGUUCUAUGGUUUGAACCUGUAUUUAAAUGUGCUUUUAAAAUUUAAAACAAGGUUAGUGUUUGUGAUUCACUUUG